GGAAGUAGCCGCCCAGCUUUGCGCCAGCCCUGUGAGUACAAACUCUCCGGCCUGGGCAACCCGCGGUCAGUAAACCACGAGGAGUCUGACCUCACGGAGGCAGGACGCCCUCUCUCGAGGCGGGGAAAUUUGUGGUGGUUGGAGGUGGCAUCGCGGGUGUCACCGGUGCUAAGCAGAGGUAUGGCCUAUAUAAUUGACCAAUGAAAAGAUAUACAGCUGCGAUUUCAUGGUCGGUGCUACAGAAGUUACUCCAAAUAUAGAAACUUUUCUCUGUGACAACAAUUUUGAUCUAGGCGAAGAUGGUGGCCUGAAAGUGGAUGAUCACAUGCACACGUCUCUCUCUGAUAUCUAUGCUGCAGGUGACAUCUGCACUGCAUCAUGGCAGCCCAGCCCAGUGUGGCAGCAGAUGAGGCUAUGGACCCAGGCUAGACAGAUGGGGUGGUACGCAGCCAAGUGCAUGGCUGCAGCUACUUUAGGAUACUCUAUUGACAUGGACUUCAGCUUUGAACUUUUUGCUCAUGUAACAUUUUUCAACUAUAAGGUUGUACUACCAGGAAAAUACCACACAUGGGGCUGAGGUUCAGAUCAUGAAUUAAUGCUGAGAUGUACCAAAGGACAAGAACACAUCAAAGUCGUCAUGCAGAAUGGGAGAAUGAUGGGAGCUGUCUUAAUUUUAAAUCAUAUGGAUCUUUCAUCAUAUGAAGAAGGUCUGCUAGAUUCAAAUAUUGAUAUAACAUUACUUUGAUUUAAAAAGGCAUUUCAAGAAUUACAUAAAGUUCCAAGUAACACAAGAAAGUCACAAUAAGGUAAACGACCACAUGGAUUUAAUGAAGUUAAGAAUACAGAAGUCAUAAUGAGAGUAGUGGGAAAGUAUUAAAAUAGAAGUAAAAUGAUUAAGAUCAAAUAAUUUACAGAUUUUUUUUUUUCCCAACACAAAUUGACCACUUAUAUAAAUGUAAGGAUUUAAGUUAAUCAUUUCUGUGUAACUGCUUUGGAGCAGAUUUAGCUACUUAGCUGACAAUUUGGUCUGGUAUACCAAAGUCAUUCUUUGAUUGUGAAAUGUCAGAGAGGAUUGUCGUUUCAAGAGGCUUACAAUUUUACUUUAAGGAAGGAGCAAGAUCUUACUUGCUAAUAUCCUUUUACGUUCUGAUUGUAUAGCUGUUAUGAGCUGAAAUCACUCUUCUGUAAUAAACCUACAUAAAAUAUUCCUUAUGAUAACAUUAAUAUCAAAAGAGAAUACAAUUAGGUAUAUCAAGAGAUAAAAAUAUUUUACGUUAAUAUUUUUCUCAAAAAAUAAUAAAAUUACUUUUCUUGUUUUAUACUGUAAAUUUAUAUAAUUCAUGAUGUUAAAUAUUGAAGUCUUCAAUACUUCAGGCAAGUUCCAUAUGUAUAAAAUAUUAAUAAAACUGUCUUAAACUUUUAACUACAAAAUAAUGGUGUACACAUGCAUAACUAUUUUCUUGGAAAAUUUAGAAACACUCAUCUCCUGCAUCAUCAAUUUUUCUUUUUUUAGUCCCUGUAUUCUUAGAUCGCUGAAGCAUGUUUGCAGACUUCUGGAAGUUACCUGAAUUUUUUUCUUCCCUCCUUUUAUCAGCUCCUUCAGAAUGGCAAGUUUCAGAUUCGGUCUGCCAACAAAAACAAAGCAAACAUUCUGAUCAAAACUCAGCUGUUCCAUUUUUUCUUCAGAUUAACAAUCCCCCUGGUCCUUCUAUAUCCAGUAGCUCUUUAGUUAAGUGUCUAGUGGUCUCUUUUUUUUUUUUUUUACCUUUAAAUAUCCACUCAAAUAUGAGCCCUAUCCUAAAGGGAUAUGCUGUCAGAAAAACCCUAAUCCAUAGACACAAUGAUACAUGGCAUGUCUUUGCAGACGAGAGUAUUUUGUGCAUAAGAGUCAUUGGUUUUCAACAUCUGCUACAAAGAUAGACUUCUCAACCAGUGUUCAUCACAACCAAUAUUGUGAGGGCAGGGUGCAUCACAAACUAGACAACACUAAAAUGGAUUUUUCACGUUCUAAAAUGUUGGAAAUUCUAGUCUAUAUUAAAAGGUAAAGUAGUUUAAAUUGUUACUUAAUACCUCUACAAUAAAACAAAAGUAAUGUUUCCUCUCUUCCAUGCCUAGAUUCCUGCCUAUCUCCUGUGUUCAUCUGGACCCAGCACAGUGCCAUUUAAAGCAUCCCAUAAGCUUUAAUGUAUUUUUUCAUUAUAUAAAGAGUUACCUUGAAA